CUGCGGGGACGAAGCGGGAGAGGCUAAACAGUGGUCUUCGCUGAAGUGGAAAGCGGAUUAGCUACUUGACUUUAAGGGACUCCAGUAAAUAACGUUACGACGGUGUUGUGCUGUGUGCUGAUUUAUAGAGCGUAGACCUAGAAGGGAAUCCGCGGGAAAUAAAAACAGCCAUUGUAAAUACACGCUGAAGCAGUGACCUGAUUCUCCUCUUACAUUCAUCCUCCUAAUACAUGGCUUAAAAGAUGGGGAAUGGAUUAUCUGAACAACACCCUAUUUUCCCAAGCCUCCCAUCCUUUCAGUCUCUCCACAUUGCUAUUCUUGGACUGGAUUGCGCUGGGAAAACCACCGUAUUGUACAGGCUGCAGUUCAACGAGUUUGUUAACACCGUGCCCACCAAGGGAUUUAACACGGAGAAGAUCAAAGUGGCUCUGGGUGGUUCCAGGACAGUGACCUUUCACUUCUGGGAUGUGGGCGGGCAGGAGAAGCUGCGGCCUCUCUGGAAGUCGUACACUCGCUGCACGGACGGCAUCGUCUUCGUGGUGGACUCGGUGGACGCCGAGAGGAUGGAGGAGGCCAAGACGGAGCUGCACAAAAUAACGCGGCUCUCGGAGAACCAGGGCGUGCCCGUCCUGGUGGUGGCCAACAAGCAGGACCUGAGGAACUCGCUCACGCUGGCCGAGAUCGAGAAGCUGCUGGCACUGCGCGAGCUGGGCUCGGCCUCGCCCUGGCAUCUGCAGCCGGCCUGCGCCAUCAUCGGGGACGGGCUGAGGGAGGGGCUCGAGAAACUUCACGACAUGAUCGUCAAGCGCAGAAAGAUGCUCCGGCAGCAGAGAAAGAAGAGAUGACUCUUUCUUCCCGUCUGUAGGAAGAGUUCCGCCCAGUCUGCUCUCACCUGGUAGAUCCAGGUACGCAGCAGCCAGCUCACCUUAGCAAUAGUGGAUCCAUUGUAAGCUGAGUUUUAUCAGUUUGCAUUGAGGUCUCUUCAGAUCUACUGUGUCCACACAUCUGAGUCCUCAGACAACAGUAAUCAGUUGCCUCUUGAACUGCAGAAGGCCUCAGUCCUGUGAAAUUAAGGAGUUGUUUGAGGAGAUAAUGCCGAAGAGCUGGAACAUUUACAAAUCUUUUGAUAAAGUACUAGCACU